GCCUCAACUACACGGUGUUCGACUGCAAAUGGGUGCCUUGCAGCGCCAAGUUCGUGACGAUGGGCAACUUCGCCCGGGGAACCGGCGUCAUCCAGCUGUACGAGAUCCAGCGCGGGGACCUGAAGCUGCUGCGGGAGUGUCUUCCUGUAGCCCCAGCUAGCCUGGAACUUGCUAUGUAAACCAGGCUAGCCUCGAACUCAUAGAGCUCUGCCUCCCGAGUGCUGAGAUUAAAGGCCUGCGCCACCACACUCAACCUAAUCUUAAUACCAUCAUUCAGAGAGUCUUGAGCACCUACUAGGUUCUGUAGGUAAAACUACAAAAGACAGGAAUAUCCUGUUCCUGUAGCCACUUGGAAAGAACAAUAUCUUCAUUAUGUCUGCAUUUCUACUGAGAUCAGAGAAUAGCACGAUUGAAAAGUCUAAGCCCAUUAAAUGUGGAACAUUUGGUGCAGCCUCAUUACAGCAAAGAUAUUUAGCCACUGGAGAUUUUGAUGGAAACCUUCAUAUAUGGAAUCUGGAAGCUCCAGAGAUCCCAGUGUAUUCUGUAAAGGGCCACAAAGAAAUUAUAAAUGCUAUAGAUGGUAUAGGUGGACUUGGAAUUGGGGAAGGAGCACCUGAAAUUGUGACUGGUAGCCGAGAUGGAACUGUGAAGGUAUGGGACUCAAGGCAAAAGGAUGAUCCUGUUGCUAAUAUGGAGCCUGCACAGGGAGAAAACAGGAGAGACUGUUGGACUGUGACAUUUGGCAAUGCUUACAAUCAAGAAGAGCGUGUUGUCUGUGCUGGCUAUGACAAUGGGGAUAUCAAGCUGUUUGAUCUCAGAAACAUGUCACUGCAGUGGGAGACAAACAUUAAAAAUGGGGUGUGCAGCUUGGAGUUUGACAGAAAAGACAUAAGGAUGAAUAAGUUGGUAGCUACAUCUCUGGAAGGAAAGUUCCAUGUCUUUGACAUGAGAACACAGCAUCCAACCAAAGGUUUUGCUUCUGUUUCAGAAAAGGCUCAUAAAUCUACUGUAUGGCAAGUUCGACACCUGCCACAGAACAGAGAGCUCUUUCUGACAGCUGGAGGUGCCGGGAGCCUUCACCUCUGGAAGUAUGAAUACCCUACUCAGCGGUCAAAGAAAGACUCUGAGGGAGUAGAGAUGGGAGUUGCUGGUUCUGUCAGCCUGCUGCAGAAUGUGACGUUGUCUACUCAGCCGAUUUCAAGUUUGGACUGGAGCCCUGACAAAAGGGGGCUCUGUAUCUGUAGUUCCUUUGACCAGAUGGUGCGAGUGCUGAUUGUUACAAAGCUCCAGACCAUAUGAUCCAAGAUUUUGAACUUGAAAAUUUCCAGGGGGAUACCCAUAGGAUUUCAGAUGUGGUCUGGGAUCCUCUGGCCUCACUGAACGAAGUUGGAUUUGAGUGGUGAAUGAAGAACGAGCCCAGGCACAAACCCAGCCAACCUCCAGCUUCUCUGGCUAUUCCGUGGCCUAACUGGUAUGCUGCUGCACCCGGGAGGUGAUAUAUACAAGGAACAACUUUGUUCCUUUCUCCCACAUUUCUACUAAAAACUCGGGAGCCAGGUGCUAUGGCAUUUGCCUAUAAUCCCAGCUACGUAGUGGGCUGAGUCAGGAAGAUCACUUUAGCUCACAAGUUUGAGACUAGCUUAAGCAACAUACUGAGACCUUACCUUUAAAAAACAGCUAAGGGCUGGAGAGAUGACUCAGUGAUUAAGAGUACUUGCUGCUCUUGCUGAAGAUCUGAGUUUGAUUUCCAGCAUUUCAUGUCCAGUGGCUCACAAUCACCUGUAACUCCAGUACCAGGAGAUCCAAUACCUUUUUCCGGCCUCUGGGCAGCUGCACACACAUGUCACACAUACACAUGCACAUACACAUUUUUUUUUUAAUUUAAAAAUUGAAAUUUACAAAACCAAAAUCAAUAGUUAUUUAAAUAUUUUGUUUAUUCUUAUUGUACCCUUACAUUUGUAUUGCAUUUUACUUCUCACGUGGUAGGAAUCACUUCAUUAGGUUGUAACAUACCACAAUGGCAUUGGUAGACUUGAAAGAUGGAAAAUUUAACUGUUUCCAGCAAUGUAGCUAAUAAAUUCUAUGACAACAGUCUCGUUUUUACUUAAAAUAUAGGAAUUAGUGAGACUUGGUUGUUUGGCUGUGAUAAGUGACGAUGAGAUACUGAAGACUGGGUGAGUUCUUUCAACCCUUUUGUCAAACCUUUUAAAUAUAUUUUAAAAUAAACUUCUGUUUUUAAAGUCUA